UAGCACACAAAAACUCACAAAAUUAAACGAGAACAUAGUGUGUUAUAGAAGCUAAAAAAAAAAAAGGAAGAGAAAAAUGAGUGAAAGUGGCUCAACCUCCAAAACAAGCACCAACAAAGGUGCUAGCACCGUGUCGGGGAAGGCAUUUUCGGGAAUAGGAAACCUCGUUAAGCUUCUUCCGACUGGUACCGUGUUCUUGUUCCAGUUUCUUAGUCCUGUUGUGACCAAUAGUGGACAUUGCAACACUAUCAACAAAUACCUAAGCGGUAUUCUCCUGGUUGUUUGUGGUUUCAAUUGUGCUUUUACUUCAUUCACGGAUAGUUACACCGGAAGUGAUGGCCAGAGACAUUAUGGUAUUGUAACUACAACAGGUCUCUGGCCAUCUUCGGCGUCAGAUUCGAUUGAUUUGUCAGUAUAUAAGCUUAGAUUUGGAGACUUUGUGCAUGCUUUCUUGUCGGUAAUUGUGUUCGCAGUGUUGGGACUACUUGACACCAACAUUGUAAGUUGCUUCUACCCAGAAUUUGAGUCGUCUGAGAAGAUUCUCAUGCAGGUUUUGCCACCCAUUAUAGGGGUGGUUUCUGGUACGGUGUUCAUGAUUUUUCCAAGUUAUCGGCAUGGAAUUGGAUACCCUACUAGCUCUUAUACUAACGACACCUCCGAAAAGUCUACAUAGCAUCCCUUGUACGCGCGCGUUUGUUUGGAUAUUCUACUAAUUUUUCAUAUUGGGUUUUACGACGCAGAUGGUUGUAGGCCGUUAAAUUAAGAGAGCGUUGUCUCUCUUAACUAAGGAUUAGAUUUGGGUGCACCAUAAAAUCAAUAGUAAAUGAUGCAAUUUCAUCCAAUUACUUGCUAUAUUCUUUUGGUUUGAUUGUGUUUGAUUAAUUUGUCAAUUCUAGUAUGAUGAUUGUUUGGGUGUACUAUAUUGUUAAACAUCAAAGUGUGGAUUUGGACUUAA